AGUUGGUAUAUUCCGGUGCCGGAAUGACUCGUUGCUGCAGGACGACUGGGUUGGUUCUUUGUUGUCUUCAGCUGAAUUUGUUUUUCAUAGAGGAAAAAAUAUUUUAACGGAUGAUUAUCGUUCUCUGAUCAUUUUUAAUAACGUCCCCGUAAAGAUGGAUGAAAGAAGUUACGGAUCUUUGCCUCAUGUGCCCUCGGAUUAUGUUCAGCACUGGGUUCAGUCAGCACAGCAGCAUCUCCAAGCCCUCCACGCACAGUAUUCUCAUAUGGCUAACAGAAAUGUUGCCCACUUCAUGGAAGGACAUGGGGAAGAACCUGGAAUGAUGGAAAUGCCUGCCCAGGAGCCGCCUGCUGCACCGCCAGAGCCCGGGGCUCCCCAGAAAGCUCCCACUAAAGGGAAGAGGGGCAGACCGGCAAGCAAAGAGCCCAAAGCUAAACCAGGCCCCAAGCCUAAGAAGGCCAAGGCAGUCAAAGCGGGACAACAAGCUGAAGGGACACAGGAGAAGAUUGACGAGUCCUUUAAGAAAGUUAAAAGGAAAAUCGAUCGCUUCAAGGGCAUGUCCGAGGAGGAGGUCCUGAAAAAGACCCUGCCAGACAUCCUUACAUACAACCUGGACUAUGUAAUUAUUGGAAUCAAUCCAGGUCUGAUGGCUGCCUACAUUGGAAGAUGGUUCCCUGGACCUGGGAACCACUUUUGGAAGUGCCUUUUCCUGUCUGGAUUUACUGAACAGCUGCUGAACCACAUGCAUGAUGAGACUCUCCCUGAGAAAUACGGCAUUGGCUUCACUAACAUGGUGGCAAGAGCAACACCGGGAAGCAAAGAUCUCUCAAGUAAAGAGCUUCGAGAAGGUGGCAAAAUUUUAGUGGAGAAGAUUAAAAAGUUCAAACCUCUCAUAGCAGUUUUCAAUGGGAAAUGUAUAUAUGAAAUGUUCUGUAGAGAGAUAUUUGGGAAAAAGCCCAAAACUCUGGAAUUUGGCUUGCAGCCACACAGGAUUCCUGACUCUGAGACGGCGUUGUAUUUGAUGCCCUCCUCAAGUGCUCGCUGUGCUCAGUUUCCUCGAGCUCAGGACAAAGUGCACUUCUACAUCAAGCUCAGAGAACUCCGAGAUGAACUGAAGGGAGUGGCCAAACCCAGGGAAGUAGAGGAAGUCAAUUACACCUUUGAUCUUGGCUUGGCUAAAGAGGAUGCUAAGAGAAUGGCCAUUAAGGAGGAGCAGUACGAUCCUGGCUAUGAGGCGGCGUAUGGAGGGGCAUAUGGGGAACCUGGAAAUGAGGAAGGCAAUGGCCACUGUGCCUUCGCUUCUGGAGAAGCAGAAGCAGCAGAGAAGCAGCCUAGGAGUCCAAAUGCAGUGAGCCAGCUUCCGGAUGGCCAGUGGAUGACCAACUCCUUCGCUGAUCAGAUUCCCGAGAUUGGCAGCUCAUCACAAGUGCAGGCGGAGGCCGUAUGAGUGGGACACUCAUCUCAGUAAAGGGACUCUCCUCCUGUGUUCAUCCACAGCCCUCGUGCAGUGCCUCUCACCAGCUUCUCCCAGUUCAGGAGCAAUCUCAAUACGUGCACUGACUUUUCUGCUUGCUGAUUUGUUUGUUACAUUAGGUAAUAAGACCAUUAUGGUUGCUGUGUGCAUAAGUCACUCAGCAGAACAGGAUGAUGAGUAUGAUUCGAAGCAGAAACGGCUACUUCAGCGACUCGCACAAGUCACCUGCUGCUCUCAAUAACUAUAAACUGUACCUCAGUUCUUCAACUGAAGACUCUUAUCAUGAAACACUCUUCAUCUAAGAAGAGAUGCGUUCAAAUUCUUUUUUUUCUUUUUUUUUUGCCAUGAAUUUGAAGUAGACAUUUUAGGAAGUAGUAUAUCUAUGGAACUGAGCUUGUUCUUUUUUUUAUAUUCUGUGUCCAAAACAUUUUUGCUUUUGCUUAGUGUAUAAGCACUGAUGCAAUUGUUUGUCUCAUGUGAUAUCAGGGACUGAUACUUGAUUUUGUGACAGGACAGGAUGUAGUUUGAUUUGGAUAAAUGUUUAACUUUUUUCUUGUGCAAAAUAUUUGCACACUUUUCUUUACCUGGAAGCCAUUUACAUAUUGUAGGUCAGCAUGGAAACAGUAAGGAUUACGAAUCUCCCCGUUAUAUUAAAAAGAUAAGUGUAAUAGGGCAAGUAGCAUAGGUGAAAUAAUUAAAAUAUUUUUAAUCAAAGCAAAGACACCACCAUAAUCCCUCGAGGUGUAGUUCUGAAGGAUUAUACUGAUACAAUCAUGUGACUACUGGUGGUAUUUAUUGGUAUUUGUGGAGUAGUUGUCUCCUCUGACAUGAAAUUACAAAUUCAAGUUUCAAAGACGGUCACACCGCCUUCUCAAGUACUGUAAAACACCAUUUUUAUGACUCAUGGUACUGUGUGAAUUUUAAAGCUUUGAUUUACUGUGGUUUUACCGUUUAUAUAAAACACUCUUGGUGCUAUUUUGUUACUCUUAUUGUAAACAUGAUUACAUUUUCCCUCUAUUAAAAUUUUAUUGCAUUCAAAUUCAA